CAUAUUAGUAGACGCACGCGCAUAUGUCUAUAUAUGUUGUUGUUUUUUGUUGUUGUUGUUGUUGUUGUUGUUUUUUUACCUGUAAUAUAUUUUUCUCACCUUCUAAAUCUACUAUGUCUGAAGUCAUAUCCCAGUUCCUUCUCGCGAGAUGACAGAAGUUCCGUCCAUCAGUUGACACAGAGGUCGUCCUCAUCUGGGAAUUGCCUGUCGAAUCGUUUCUUGAGGUUGAAUAUGUUCACGGAGUCCGUACUGUCUAUGACGUUGAGGGUUGACUGGGUCUGGCGCAUGUUGACAAGGGUGACGUGCACUUGAUUGCCCUUGACCUCGAGGUAGAUGUUGUCGUCAUUGAGGUCGCCGUGAGUCAUCUGCUGCUGCAUCAACGCCCGUACGACGUCUUGGCACUGGCAGAUGAUGCUGUUGGCGAUGAUCUUGUUAGGGACGUUGUAGCAUGAGAGCGGGACGCCCGUAUAGCUGGUGGCCAAAACGAGAUUGUCCGUCUCGAGGCAGACCCACUCGAGUGUUUCUAUGCCCUCGAGGUGCUUGACGCUCAGGAGGGCGCUCACCUCCUGUAUGAACUUGGACUAGAGAGAGCGAGGAGCCUCCUUGACGACGAAGCGGGUUUUGCCGAUGCGGUACGUCGUCGGCCACAGCGACUCAGUCUCAAUGGGGGCCCUGCCACUGGUCAUCAUUCUGUACACCUGCGUCGAGACAACGGGGACCAGCUGCCUCAGUAGCUCGUUCUCCAGCUGGGCGAGAGUCAUAGUGGGAUGUGGAUGCGGAGAGGUCUAUGCUCUCCUGGGGAAUUCUGGAAGGAUUCUCUUCUCGGAGAUGGUUCCUGUUUCCCUCUCCUUGGUCUGGGAUUUUUCUGAGGUCUUUUGCCUUUUCGGAUUGCGCUCUUGGGAUGUGUCCCUCUCCUGCGCGUCCAGGAAGCGCUUCUGUUUGUGCGAGACCUGCAUCUCCCUCUCCUGCGUGUCCAGGAAGCGCUUCUUUUUGUGCGAGGCCUGUAUCUCCCUCCCCUGCGCGUCCAGGGAGCGCUUCCGUUUGUGCGAGACCUGCAUCUCCCUCUCCUGCGCGUCCAGGAAGCGCUUCUGUUUGUGCGAGACCUGCUAUGUCCCUUCUCUGGCCCCUUUCGUGGUCCCUCCUCUGGUCCCAUUUCUGGCCCCUCACAUGGUCCCUUUCAUGGUCCUACCUGUGGUCCCAUUCUUGGUCCCAUUUCUGGCCCCUUUCAUGGUCCAUUUCAUGGUCCCUUUCAUGGUCCCACCUGUGGUCCCAUUCUUGGUCCCAUUCUUGGUCCCAUUUCUGGCCCCUUUCAUGAUCCCUUUCAUAGUCCCACCUGUAGUCCCAUUCUUGGUCCUAUUUCUUCGCGUACGCGGGUGCAGUUUCCUGCUGUCGCUUGAGCUUGCCGUUUUCAAUGAUAUUCUCCACCCUUCGGCAGAAACUCUGGACGUUCUUCUUCUUACCUACGAUCACCAUCUCGGAAUCGGUUUUCUGCCAGAACACCUUCACGGAAAACCUCUGGCUCAGGUCGAAGAGCCUCCUCCCGCCCUUGCCGACGAUCAGGCCGCGCAUGCCUUCCUCGAUGUACAUGGUGGCUUAGAUGAUCCCGCCUUUCUUCUGGAACUUCUUCUCCCUCCCCUCCUCUACCUCCUGUUCCUCCUUCUCCAGAGGACGCUUUGUGGGCUUGGCUACGGUGAGGAUCUUGAAAACCUCGUCCUAAAAACCCAUAACGUUGCACGUGUGUCCCUUGAUGCAGAACCUUCCCUGGCCCUGCUUCAUGGAGACUCUGACACCGUGCUUGCGUGUAAGCUUCUUGAGCCUGAUGCCAUGCUUUCCCAGGAUAAUCCCUAUCAUGUGGGUUUCUACCUCCACGACAGAGGUCUCUUUCGCGUAGGGAUCCUCGCAACACAGCGGACCCUCUUGCAACAUCGCCUCGCCUUCAGGAGCUCGAGCUUCCACCUUCCGCGAUAGCUGGUACUCUGACAUUUCGACGGUGACGGAGGAUAGGGAGAACGACGCGGGGGUCUUGUGGAAAGGAAAUUAGGUAGUGAAGUGA